AUGGGUGCCUGUGCGACUGCCGGAGAUUGGUCCAGUGCCACAGGCCUCCUGAGUAACCUUCUGUCUGAGAGGCUUGCAGCGAACACACGAAUGUUUAAUGCAGCGGUUACCGCGCACGCAACGGAUGGGGACUGGAAGCGGGCUCAAUUUCUGUUGGAGGCCGCUGCGAGAUGCCAAGCACGCACGGAUAUCGUUACGUACAAUUCUGCCGCAAACGCCUGUCAGGGAGGUGGACUGUGGCUGAUCGCACAAACAUUUCUUGAAGCACUUGCAGGGAAGCACGGGCAGCCAAGCAUCAUUACAUAUACUUCUGUCCUGUCAGCAUGCCACCAGGAGGGGGCCUGGUCACGGGCCCACCUCACUUUACAAGAUGUGAAGUCCCGGACAGUGCAACCAGACGUUGUCGCUUGCAAUGCCGUGCUCAGUAGCUGUGAAGCCUUAGGCAACUGGCGACAAGCAGAACAAACGCUUCUCGACCUCUUCAACGCAGAGAAAGAGCUGCCAGCGAGUCGAACAAACACUGUCACACUUAAUGCUGUACUCAGCACCUUGGAAAAGGCUGCGGAGUGGCCCAGGGCUUUGUGGCUCCUACUUCAAAGCGAUUUGGAAGCUCACGCUACAAGAGAUCUCGUUUCGUACAAUGCUGUGCUCAGUGCGUGUGAGAAGCGCGGAGAGUGGCAGAGGGCAAGUGCGCUCUUACGUCAGCUUCAGGAGCAGCGGCUGAGGGCCGAUAUUAUCACCUACAGUUCCGUAAUCAGCGCCUGUCAGAAACAGGGCGAGUGGCAGCAGGCGCAGCUUCUGCUAAGAGAGCUGCUGGAGCAGGGAGUGGAGGCAGAUGUUGUUGCAUACAGUGCAGCCAUCAGCGCGUGCGAGCGUCGUGGUGAGGCGCGGCAGGCAGGCAUGCUUCUACAAGAGCUUCAGGCACGUCGCCUACAGGCAGACGCCGCAGCAUACAAUGCUGUGAUCAGCACCUGUGAGAAGAGCGGUGAUUGGCGCCGGGCUUGGUUCUUUCUGCAGGAGCUACGCCGAACGCAGCUUGAGGCCACCACAGUCUCUGUCUCUUCAACGAUAAGCGCCUGCGAGAAAGACUGGGCUUGGCGGCGAGCUCAGCAUUUCUUCCGUGAGCUCGUUUGCGAGCAGCUCGAGGCUAGUGUGAUUAGCUACAACGCAGUGGUCAGUGCUCUCGCCAAAGGCAGUAGAUGGUCAGAAGUGCUCCGGCUGGUCGAAGGAAUGCAGAUGCAAGAAGUGCAUGCCGACAUCUUGACGUUGUCGUCUGCAUGCGGCUCUUUCGACAAGACCCAGGUUCACAACAUCCCGCAGUACCUUCGUACCAUCAAUCUGAGAAGUCAGGAAGCCCUCCGUCGGCACUUGCGGUGGUGA